AUGGCAAAAGAUCCAGCAUCAAACGGCAGAACCCUUGGAUCCUGGACCGACUUCGUCAACCGACUUAAGGCAGGCUACCGUCAACUGGCUCCGGAGAAGACUGCACAGACGUCCCUCGAGGAGUGGUGCUCAAAGACCCACUCCACCGUCAUUCAGUUUGCCGAAAACUUCCGCCGCUACGCAUCGAAGUCUGGUUAUGCCGACGUGGAGCUCAUCCGUCGCAUUGACAAUCAGGUCGGAAAGAACUCACAGAUUCUGACAGUCAUGACGGCAAUGCGGCAGGUCAACCCAAUGCUGAUUCCGACGAAAUGGGAACACUAUCUGGACUGGGUACCGAAGCUGGAAAUGGAAACUCGUGGGAGUCAGGCCAAGUCGUCUUUGCAGCAGCACACGACUAGCCGCCCCCCACGGGACCCCAAUGCCAUGGAUGUUGACGCAAUGCACAAGCCGGAGAAGCUCUCCAAGGAACAACUCGAAUGGCUCGACAAGAAGCUCUGUUUCCGCUGCGGCAAGCACAAGUUUACGACUGGCCAAAAAUGUCGGAACCCUCAGUACACGGGCUACUACGAGCUCUCCGACAUGAAGAAGCAACUGGCCGCUCCGACCAAGGUACGCACAAUGGACACAGCCGAUGAAGAGAAAUGGAAGUACAUCCGCAGGGCCCUCGAGGAGUUUGAGACUGCUAAAGGCAAAGGCAAAGGCAAGGCACCGGAAACCGAGACCGCCGCACGCAUCGUCGAGGUCAAGGAAUCGGAGGAGGAUUUUCUGGAACGGAUACUUUGA